AUGUGUAUUCUUUUUUCUGCCUUCUUUUUUGCUACUUUCUCGUGAUUUUCUAACUAGAACAAUUUCCACCAAUCCCUCAAAAGCCAAAAAUCUCUUCUAAUCAUUUUUCUUAAAAUCUUUGAAUCUUUUGAUUUUCAUCCUGUAGCCGAUCUAUCUGCAUGCAAAACAAGAACGUAAGAAGAAAAGGAGGAAGGUUAUAAAAUUAAACCCUCCUUUUCUUUCUUGCUUUCUUGGUUUUGUCUAUUCCUCUUCAAGAAACCAUUCAUCUUCCAAAAGAAUUUUUUUUUUGUUGUUGGAUUCUUGAAAGAGGGAAGGAGCAGAGAAGAUUAAUGGGUAGCAUGGAAAAUUUAUGCAACGUGGUGCAUGGAAUGAGGCCACUUUUGCUUAUGAUUCUUGGGCAAAUUAUAGUUGCAGGAAUGAAUUUUGUGUUCAAACUUGCAACCAGCGAUGGGAUGAAUUUUAGCAUUUUGAUCUUUUAUCGGUCUCUCUUCGCCUCGGUGUUCAUGGUCCCUUUAGCAUUCUUCAUUGAAAGGGGAAAAAGAGCCAAGCUAACAAAGAUGGUUUUAUUCCAAGGAUUUCUGUGUGGUCUACUGGGGGGAUCUUUAGGACAAAACAUGUACCUGCAAAGUUUGGUUUAUACAUCACCAACUUUUGUCUCAGCAAUGUUCAAUCUCAUCCCUGCCAUGACCUUUAUUGUUGCAAUCAUAUUGAGGUUAGAGAGGUUAGGUUGGAAUUCACCAGCAGGUAAAGCAAAGGUAUUUGGGACGAUCAUUUGCAUCAGCGGAGCUAUGCUCCUAUCAUUCUACAAAGGGCCUGAUAUAAAUAUGGGGAAAACAAACAUAAACUUGUUGCAUUCAACACACCAUAAGGUUGAAAGUAAACCUUUGCUAGGUGCCUUUCUUGCCCUAGCUGGCUGUACUUGCUAUGCAGUAUUAUUGAUUGUUCAGGCUAAGGCGGCUAAGCGAUAUCCAUGUCCUUACACAUUCACCGCUCUACUGAAUGUAAUGGCAGCAAUUCAGUGUUUUGUUGUUGCAGUAGCUGUAGAAAGAGACUGGAAUGAAUGGAAAUUGGGUUGGAACAUUAGACUUCUUGCUGCAGCAUAUACGGGGAUUUUUUGUUCUGGAGUAAUGUAUACCAUCAUUGCAUGGGUUGUCCGGAUGAAAGGCCCGGUAUAUGUAUCUGUUUUUAACCCUUUGAUGCUUAUUAUGGUUGCAAUUACUGGAUACUUGUUCUUGGGAGAGAAGUUGUUCCUUGGAAGCAUCCUUGGAUCAAUCGUCAUAGUGUGUGGACUAUACGUUGUCUUGUGGGGAAAAGAUAAAGAAAUCAAGAAACUCAGCCAGUUGGUGCCAGAUAAAGAAGAGAUUGACAUAAAAUCUUCGUCACUUAAAGGCAGUAGCCAUGGCGGUAGCUGUAAAAGGGAGGAAAAAGAAGAACAAGAAGAGAAUAAGAGGGAUUCCCAGGUUGGUUCUGAAAUAUUAGGAGGUGUUUACAUUUAUCACUAGAAGAUGAAGGACUAUAUGUAUCAUCAAGAAACACCAUUUAUUCUGUAUGAUGGCCGAUAGAGGCGCGGUUUAUAAAGCUGCAGUUUUCAACAUUAGAACAAACUAGCUAAAGUUUUGUAUCGACUGUACAUGCUAUCACUAGCAAUGAACUAGCCAUUUUGAUCAUCG